ACAGCACAAAUUGUCGGCGAUGAACGUGGCGUUGGUGUUCUGCGCUAUCCUGGGCCCCUACGCCGUCAGCACCCUGGUGGCGGGACACUUGAUCCACAAGGUGCCGGGCAGCCUGUGGCUGAGCAUCGGCGGAGGCUGGCUGAGUCUCACCAUCGGCUACUUGCUGCUGGGGCCGUCGCUCAUGGAGUCCAUCAUCCCGGGGGACCUGUGGGUCAAGAUCGUGGCGCUGGUGCUGGUGGGGUCGGGUCUGGGGCUCACAACGGUGCCCACUUUCGAAGCACUCCGGAGAGCUGCUAUGGAAGCUGGAUUCAGCGACGACAUCAAAACAUACGGCAUCAUUUCGGGAACAUUCAAUGCCUUCUACUGCCUCGGGGAGGCGGUUGGUCCGGUUGUGGCAGGGUUUGUCGACGACCUCAAGGGAUUCCAAUUCACUAUGCUGGUGGCUAUGAUCGAGUGCGGGUGCUUGGUGGCGCUGAGUGUUCUCUCGUAUCUCUUGUCGGUGUACCCAGGCAUGCGCUGCCAACGACGGGAGGCACAACAAGAGCCGCCUGCUGCUGCAGAAGCUAGGAAGUCAUCUUUGAUCAGUCCCAGGGAUUCUUCGCCGGCAGAGCAAGCCCUCGAUUCGGAAACCAAAUUAUGAAAAUCGUUCCUAUAGAACUAUACUGUAAAUGCUUCUUGAAAAUAAAUGCCCGACAGGUUAUGAUCAGCA